AAUUGCUCAAGUAUGUCUUUCAAAUUUUUGGCUGGUUGGGACAAGCCUGUGGAGGAGUCAGUAGCACAAGUGGAUUCAAAGGACCCCACCUUUGAAAAUGAGUUUCCUCUUUGGGCUCCGCACAACUGCAACUUGGCUCUGACACGAGGAUUUUACUUUUCUCUUCGCCUGCCCGACUGGGUCAGGGAUUUCAAGCACCAGACUCGGGAGAUCCUUGCUCAUCGCUUCGAUCCGCUAAAGAGAAACAGUGAGAAUAAGGUCGAAAGUCUAAAGCAAUCCAAUCACUACGGAGAUGCCCGGUCAGAGCGUUAUGGCAUGACUUUCUCGGAGAGUCCAUUCUUCGAAGGCAUUUCGCGGGAGAAGGCCAGGAGAGUGGAACGAUUGCCCAAGAUCAAGGAUGAUUUGACUUGCGGCAAGAGAGUUUCCAAUUCUCAGACGCCUUUGCCAUGAUCUGUCAUAAAAUUAUCAAACACCUUGAAAGCAGCAGCAGUCGGAUUCGGGGUACCGUAACUCCACCAGAUAGCAAACAGCAGACAGCAGCAUGGUAGUCGGCCUAAUAGUACGGGCGGGCGUUGUUUAUGCCAUAAUCCUGGUCACCAAGAAGUACGGCGUCUGGGACUCUCCUGAUGUUGCUCAGGAGGUGUAUGCCGAUGCUGCCGAGCACAUCGAACCAUAUGCGGAUAAGGCUCGCCGCCAAUUAAACAUCUGCCCGCCCAGACCACCGCCGCAGGGCGAGUGGUCGUUCUUUGGCAUCCACUACUACAACAAAUUGGUGAAAGCAUUCUUCGACGUUCUAAGCCUUCUACCCUACGGAAUGGCACUGGUCCUGGAGAACGCACCAGGCUAUUUCACCGCUAUGUAUGAAUACAUUCGCAAGUUGCUCCCGGAUGGCGAAAAGUCAAAAAGAAGGAAAUAACAAUAUCCAAGGGGCAGCUGGAUGAAACGCCAUUGGUCAGGCCACAUUGUCAGGACAAAAACUGUCCUAAGAAGCCACCUCUAAUUCCGCCUCCCUGCCCCAAGUGUAAAAGCGACAACUUCAUCUACGAACCCCGUAUACCAAAGAAUCCGAGAUGCGAGUGCUCCAAGUGCAAGGAACGCCCGCGGGAAAAAUGGUCAGAAAAUGAAUGCACCAGAAAUCUAAUUCCAAAGAAGAGCAAAUGUGCCUGUGGCGAACCUGUGUACCAAGAGCCCAAUAAAUCUAGCAAGAAGAACUAGGAGUACAGCGCAUCAAUACCCUAACGAAAUUUCUGUGUAAAGCGUUAUCUCGGCGAAUAAAACUUACCUUUGAUGAGACCCACAA